AUGAAGUGUUACACUGAUCCUGAUAUGCUGUUAAACAUUCUUCAUCCUUGUUCUCAAUUACAGAAUCUUUUGGCUGAGAAGGUGGAACAGCUGAUGGAGUGGAGCUCAAGGCGCUCGGUCAUCCGCAUGAAUGGAGACAAAUUCCGAAGAUUUGUGAAGGCUCCACCUCGUAACUACUCUGUGAUUGUGAUGUUCACUGCUCUGCAGCCACAGCGUCAGUGCUCUGUUUGCAGGCAAGCUAAUGAAGAAUAUCAAGUGCUGGCUAAUUCAUGGCGCUAUUCCUCUGCUUUUUCGAACAAACUGUUUUUCACAAUAGUGGAUUAUGAUGAAGGGGCAGAUGUUUUUCAACAGCUGAAUAUGAAUUCUGCUCCGACUUUCAUGCAUUUUCCUCCAAAAGGUAAACCCAAGAGAGCUGACACAUUUGACCUGCAGAGAAUCGGAUUUGCAGCUGAGCAGCUAGCUAAAUGGAUAGCUGACAGAACAGAUGUUCAUAUUAGAGUGUUCAGGCCUCCUAACUAUUCUGGUACAAUUGCACUGGCUCUUCUGGUAUCUCUUGUUGGUGGCUUGUUAUAUCUGCGAAGAAAUAACUUGGAGUUUAUUUACAACAAAACUGGCUGGGCCAUGGCAGCUCUGUGUGUUGUAUUUGCUAUGACAUCUGGUCAGAUGUGGAAUCACAUCCGUGGACCCCCAUAUGCACAUAAAAAUCCUCAGAAUGGACAAGUGAGUUACAUACAUGGAAGCAGUCAGGCUCAGUUUGUUGCAGAAUCACAUAUUAUUCUUCUUCUGAAUGCUGCUAUCACCAUGGGGAUGGUACUCCUUAAUGAAGCUGCUACCUCCAAAGGGGAUGUUGGAAAAAGGAGAAUAAUAUGCCUUGUAGGCCUGGGUCUGGUGGUCUUUUUCUUCAGUUUCCUAUUGUCGAUAUUUCGCUCCAAAUACCAUGGCUACCCAUACAGCUUCUUAAUUAAAUGAAUUCAAGAGGGAUUCAUUUAGAGCUGCUUACCAUGAAGAUAAGCUAUUACUGAUAUUAUCUGCCCACCAAUGUUACAUGUAUUCAAGAAUCUUUUGUUGGUUCAUCUGUUUUUGUGAUAAUUUAUAUAGUAUGCUGAUAGAUAAAUGAAUGCAGUUUUAUGCAAUGAAUGCGUAAUUUAUAGAAAUAUACAGUAAACACCUCAUUGGGAAGUGCUAAAAAGUUAUGAAUAUAGUGUGCUCAAGAAUUUAAAUAAAUUUCAUUAUAAUGGGCUUCUGUUUAAGGCUUCCUCAUUACCUUUAAGUACAUGAAUCCAAAGGAUAUUGCCAAGAAUUUUCAUGUGAAGUUUGUUACAAGGUUUUGAAAUGUGCUUUAAAAUUUAACGAAGUAUCGUUGGUUCUUCAACCACUGUUAGGGGAAAACGGAAACCUUAAUGACUACAUGCACCUCACCACCACUUUGCUUUAAAACAGUAUAUGUAUAUACAGUCUCUGAUCACUUCAGUCAUGUUGAGUCAUUAAUAUAAAAUUAUAUUAACAUAUUUUCAUCAUGGAUUUCUUUUUUUUCCUGGCUUGGUAGUUGUUGGCGUACAUACAUUGCUAGUUCAUCUCUCUUUCAUACCAAAGAACACAGUUCAAAAUGGUUUGUGGAAUUUUGAAGGCAAGAAGGCUUAGAUCAGUCAGAAUGCAGAUCCUUUUAAGAUGACUCUGUGGUGACAAAAUGGGAGGAUGGGGGGCAACAACAUUUUGUAAAACGUGUUCUUUUCCUUAGGUAGCAGCAGAAGGAAUGUAUUAUCCUGAACAAUGUUAAUAAAGCAAUACAGAUGAGUCUAUUGGAACA